UUCCGUGAUUUUUAUUUAAGUAAACAAUGAAGAAGAUUUAUGAUUAAUUUAUGGUUAGUUUAAUAAAAAACUUAUUAUAUAUUUAUAUAGACCAACAUAUUUUUCUAAAGAUUCUAAAAAUGAUUGUGGUGAUGAUAUGUGGAUACAAAAAUAUGUUGUAAUGUUUCCCUUUUAAUAUAUAGGGGAUUUAGAGAAAUAAUAAAAAGUUCUUAAUAGUCUUUAUUCCUAUUUUGAAAUGUAAUGGGCCAUUUGCAAUCCUAGUGAACUCCACGGGCUUUUCAGCCCAUCUGGAAACAGAGAGUACUAAAGAACUCGACACCGGAGUGAGGAACAAGAGGAAGAAGAAGAAGAUGAGUUCAUCAUCAAUGGCUCUUCGAGAUAUGCAAAGAGACCUAGAGGCCAAGGCCAAUGAUCUCGCCAAAAUCCAGAAAGAAAUCGCGAAGAAUCACCAGCUGAGGAAGAAGUAUACGAUUCAACUCGGUGAGAACGAGCUCGUUCUUAAGGAGUUGGAUUUGCUGGAAGACGACGCGAACGUAUACAAGUUGAUUGGUCCUGUGCUAGUGAAACAGGAUUUGGCAGAAGCUAAUGCCAAUGUUCGCAAACGUAUGGAGUACAUCUCUGCUGAACUGAAACGGAUUGAUGCAACUCUCCAGGAUAACGAGGGGCAACAAAACAGCAAGAGAGAAGCUAUGAUGAAGUUACAACAACGUCUACAAUCUAUCCAGGCAGGAAAAGCAAAGGCUUGAUUCAGUGAUACGUACGAGGCUCGCAGGCCUCCUAUCCUUUACCAAUAUCACAGAAAGAAUAAGAAGAGCGCGGCUCCAACUUGAUGGGGAAGCGGCGGAUUCUAGAAGGUGAGGUGGCACUUAUCUAGAAGGGGAAUCUUUGAAUAACCACUUGAGGGGAACAUCACACGUACCGGAGGGAACAUCGCACGUACGAGCCUAACAGAAUGAGAGUGACGUGUUAUCCUUUACGCUUAUCCUAUUUAUAUGACUAUGUAAAAGAGAAAUGGUAUCGAGUGUUUGAGUCGAUCAUAGUGUAGGAGCUGAGAAAUCUCCUGUGAAACUUUCUCUUGGUUGUAAACACUUGAUCGAUUGAUUCAAUAAUACACUUGUUUCUCUAGA